AUGUCGUGCCCCUCCGUCAAACUCAACAACGGCGUCGAAAUGCCCAUCCUUGGUCUUGGUACAUGGAAGUCCAAGCCAAACGAAGUGACGAAUGCCGUCGAGACGGCGGUGAAGGAGAAGGGCUACAGGCACAUCGACUGUGCAUGGGCAUACGGGAACGAGAAGGAAGUCGGCGAGGGCAUCCGCAGGUCUGGCGUUCCGCGGUCCGAGAUAUUUAUCACCAGCAAGUUGUGGUCCAUGCACCAUCAAUGCGUCGAGGAGGCGCUCGACGAGACGCUGGCUAAUCUCGGGACUGAUUAUCUCGACCUCUACUUGAUCCAUUGGCCCGUCCCUCUCAACCCGAACGGCAACCACCCGAGGAUCCCUACGCUGCCUGAUGGCUCGCGGGACGUCCUCUUCGACUGGAAGAUCAAGGACACCUGGUCUCAGAUGGAGACUGUCCUGAAGAAAGGCAAAGUCAGGGCUAUCGGAGUAUCGAACGUCUCCAAGCGUAUCCUCGAGACGGAUAUCCUUCCAUAUGCCACUGUCGUCCCUGCCGUGAACCAGCUCGAGAUCCACCUAUACAACCCGCAACACAACCUUGUCAACUACCUCAAGUCUAAGGGCAUCGUCCCGCAGGCAUAUUCUCCGCUCGGCUCGGUCAACUCACCAUUGCUGAGCGACGAGACGGCGUCAGAGAUCGCGAAGAAGCACGGGUUGCAGACGCCAGACGUUCUCCUCGGCUACCUUGUGGCGAAGGACAUUGUGACGCUGCCGAAGUCGGUGACCCCGGCACGCAUUGCAUCCAACUACAACGGUGCGCUUGCGGCCGCGUCCAAUCUGGCCAAAGAAGAUAUCGAGAAGCUGGACGGCGUUGCUGCGUCCGGCAAGCAGAGGCGGCUCAUCAUGCAACAAUGGUCUGUCGAUCUCGGGUUCGAGAACUGGCCUGGACAGACCCCAUGA